AUGACCAGCAACAAGGAUAGCGGCGAGGUUGCUGUGCAGGAACAACAUCAGCACCCGUCCAAGUGGCGCGUCAGCUCACCAUUUUUCCAGACCGUUCUGGUUGGAAUCGUUCUUUUCCUCAAUCCCGGAACCUAUCUCGCCAUCACAGGGCUCGGCGCCGGCGGGAAACAGCCCGAGCUGAUUGGGAUCGUCAACGAUGCUAAUGUCGUUCUUUACACCCUUUUUGGUGCAUCUGCGGUUGUUGGCGGCGGCGUGAUCAACAAGAUCGGGCCUAGAUAUUCCCUCAUGAUAGGGGUUACCGGCUAUCCAGUGUGGAUAGACAAAGGCGAAGGGAAAUGGUUCGUGUUAUUCGGUGGUGCGUGGUUAGGUCUUUCGGCUGGUAUUUUAUGGGCCGUUCAAGGAUACAUCUGCACAUGCUACCCAAUUGAGUCUGAAAAGGGCUUCUACAUCGCGACAACGUGGAUUUUGAAUGCUCUAGGCUCUGUCGUUGGAUCAGCCGUUGUCCUUGGAAUCAACAUCAGCAACACCUCCUCCUCGGGGGUACCGCCAGCGGUGUAUCUCACCUUCAUCUGUCUCGAGUGCGCCGGCAUCCUCGUGGCGGCUCUUCUGAUGGACCCAAGCAAGAUCAGACGCAACGACGGGCGACUAUUAGCCUCUUUUGAUGCAGAGUCUUGGUCCCGAGAACUGAAGAGCUUGUUUCUAACCUUGAAAGAACCGAGGAUGACCCUCAUCACGUUGGCAAUCUACAGCUGCGAGAUGUACCUGUCGCUAUCGGGGUCGUUCAACUCCUUCUACUUUAACUCGAGGACAAGAUCAUUGGCAAACUUUUGCUAUUGGACUAUCCAGGUCGUCGGCUCAGCCGCCAUCGCAUGGACAUGCGACGCAAACAUCUUUGGCCGCCGUCGCCGUCGCGCCUUCAUCUCCGCCGCCUUCGUUGCCGUUAUCAUGGGCGGCACCUGGAUCGCUCUUCUGGUCUUUCUUGCCUCCAACGACUUUGACCGUGCCGGUCCGGUCAUCGGCAUCGACUGGACGGAUGCCCGACGUUUCGCCGGCCCCUUUGCACUCUACAUGUUCCUCGGCACUUCAUACCCGAUCUUCCAAAACUUCUUGAUAUGGGUGUAUAGCACCUUCUCAAACGAUCCGCGGACGCUCGGCCGGUACAGCGGGUACUUUAAGGGUGUUCAAGCGUUCGGUACGGCCACUGCCUUUGGGAUCGAUUCAAGAUAUGUCUCGUUUCUCCAUCAAGCCAUCGUGUACGCGACUUUGAUGCUUGGGGGGCUAGGGCUGGCGUCGGUUAGUGUAUAUCGAUAUACGAGCGAUACGACGUAUGGCCAGGAGGAAGGGGUCGUUGUUCCGGAGGCGUUUGAUGGACGUUACUAA